CUGUGGUUUCCACCAUCACCCGGCAGGUCCAGGCUUGGCUGCUCGUUGACUCCCGUAACUGUCAACCCUCGAAGCUUGAUGCUUUUGGGGCUCCAUCCUGAGAUUCACCACAUUAAAAUCAUCUAAACGCAUCCUCCGCUCCGCUCACGUUGUUCACCAAAGCGCACGUCCAGAAUGGCUUUCCAGUACCCGGCCGCUUUCCGUGACGAGGCCGUAGUGGACGACUAUCAUGGGAACAAGGUUCCGGACCCGUACAACUGGCUGGAAGACCCGGACAGCGAGAAGACACAGGCGUUUGUCACGGCUCAGAACCAGCUGACCCUGCCCUUCCUGGAGAGCUGUGAGGUGCGCGACCUGUUCAAGGAGCGGAUGACGGAACUGUACGACUACCCCAAAUACAGCUGUCCUUUCAAGAGGGGGAAGAGGUACUUUCACUUCUACAACACGGGCCUCCAGAACCAGAGUGUGAUGUACGUGCAGGAAAACCUGGAAGCUGAACCCACCGUCUUCCUGGACCCAAACACUUUCUCUGAUGAUGGAACUGUUGCCUUGCGAGGUUACGCUUUCUCGGAAGACGGCGAGUACCUGGCCUACGGCACGAGCGCCAGUGGUUCAGACUGGGUGGAGAUUCACUUCCUCAAGGUCGAGGGGGCAGCGCCUCUCCCGGACCGUCUGCAGCGGGUCAAGUUCAGCUGCAUGUCCUGGACGCACGACGGAAAGGGUCUUUUCUACAACUCCUACCCCGACCAAGAGGGCAAGAGCGAUGGCACAGAGACGUCCACAAACCUCCACCAGAAGCUCUUUUUCCACGUGUUGGGGACUCCGCAGUCUGAGGACGUGCUGUGCGCCGAGUUCCCCGACCACCCCAAGUGGAUGAGCGGAGCGGAGGUGUCGGAUGACGGGCGCUAUGUGCUGCUGUCCAUCAGCGAGGGUUGCGAUCCGGUCAACAGACUGUGGUACUGCGACCUGAACACCACGCCUCAGGGGAUCACAGGACUUCUGCCGUGGGUGAAACUCAUCGACAACUUUGACGCUGAGUACGAGUACGUGACGAACGAGGGCACCGUCUUCACCUUCAAGACCAACCUGGACGCCCCGCGGUACCGGCUCAUUGACAUCGACUUCGCCAGCCCGGACCAGGGCAACUGGAAGGAGCUGAUUCCUCAGCACGACAAAGACGUGAUCGUCUUCGCCACCUGCACGCACUCCAGCUUCCUGUUUGUGUGUUUCCUCCACGACGUGAAGAACGUGCUGAAGAUGUACCGGCUCAGUUCCGGGGAGGAGCUGAAGACCUUUCCGCUGGAUGUGGGUUCUGUGGUGGGCUUCACUGGACGCAAGAGGGAUUCGGAGAUCUUCUACUACUUCACCUCCUUCCUCUCGCCAGCCAUCAUUUAUCACUGCGACCUGACCAAGGAGCCGCUGCAGCCCCAUGUCUUCAGAGAGGUCACCGUCAAAGGCUUCGACCCCUCGGACUAUCAGACCACCCAGAUCUUCUACACGUCCAAGGACGGAACUCAGGUGCCCAUGUUCAUCGUCCACAAGAAGGGCAUCAAGCUGGACGGCUCUCACCCGGGCUUCCUCUACGGAUACGGAGGCUUCAACAUCUCCAUCACGCCGAGCUACAGCGUCUCUCGCCUCAUCUUCGUGCGGCACUUGGGAGGGGUCCUGGCCGUCGCCAAUAUCCGAGGGGGCGGGGAGUACGGAGAGACCUGGCACAAAGCGGGGAUGCUGGCCAACAAACAGAACUGCUUCACAGACUUCCAGUGCGCGGCCGAGUACCUGAUCAAGCAGGGCUACACGUCCGCGUCCAAGCUGACCAUCAACGGAGGCUCCAACGGGGGGCUGCUGGUCGCGGCGUGCGUGAACCAGCGGCCUGAGCUAUUUGGGUGCGCCGUGGCCCAGGUGGGUGUCAUGGACAUGCUCAAGUUCCACAAGUUCACCAUCGGCCACGCCUGGACCACCGACUUCGGCUGCGCGGAGAAGACGGAUCAGUUCGACUGGCUCAUCAAGUACUCCCCUCUACACAACAUCCGAGUCCCUGAAGGCAACGGGGUCCAGUACCCGGCCGUGCUUCUCCUCACCGGCGACCAUGACGACCGCGUGGUCCCCCUCCACUCCCUGAAAUACAUCGCCACCCUGCAGCACGUGGUGGGCCGCAGCACCAAGCAGACCAACCCGCUCUUUAUCCUGGUGGACACCAAGUCGGGCCACGGCGCCGGCAAACCCACCAGCAAGGUGAUCCAGGAGGUGGCCGACACCUAUGCCUUUAUCGCUCGCUGUCUCAACAUCUCCUGGGUCCAGUAGCAAGCGCCUCAGAACUACGACGGCUUUUAAGGGGCGGGGCUUUUCGCCAACACUGGUGAGGUGCGAGUGACGGCUCCAGUGUUAUUUAUUCACCUGCGACUGGAGCAGUGCUGCCGUGAGUUUUUCUACCUCGUGACUUGUGCUGGCGGUUUGCAAGGGAGCGCAGAAGAAUCGCUGAAAAACAAUAAAGUUGCAUUUUUAAUCAACUU